AAAAUGGAAAAAUAUCUUUCAGAAGAAAGUAAAGAGUCAGAAAGUGAUGUUUGUCAUGGGAAAAUUGUAGAAAGAAGAUUGGAAUUAAUUGUUACGAUUGAUUCUUUCUUUGAAAAUGGAGAUGUGAAGGAGUCGUUGGAAGAUUAUCUGUCAGAUGUUUGUGAUUUAGAAAAUACCACAACAAAAAUCAUUGAAGAUGCAGUCUAUGAGAGAACCUGCCUAGAUACCUAUAAAACGGAAGAAUGAAUUGAUCUAAAUCAAAUCUCGUUUGAUAUUAGAUCUGAAAUGGAUCAAGAAGAAUUCCUACUAGAAAGAGAUCUUGAGAGCACUAAGAAAGAGUUGACCAAAAUGAGAGAUAAAUUGAUCGUCAACAAACUUGAAAUGAGGCAUUCUGAGAAAUUUGCAUUAACUAAUUCUCUUUUGAUAACUUACAUUCAAGACGAAAUUACCCAAAUACAAGAUGGCAUCAAGGCAUUCAUCCAGCAUUCUCCAGAUCAAUCGCUCAGCUCGAACAAGAAGAGAUCUUUGAUCAAGGCUCAUAAGAGGAGUUUGAUAGAAAAAAUUAACUCAGAGUUUCCUUUCUUGCCAAAAUGAAUUCAAAUUUACUCAUGUGAUAGGCUGCAAAAAGAAGCUCAAAUUUCUAUCGAAAGCUACCUAGGGACAGGUAGUAGCCCCGAUAAUAUCGAGGACUUCACCGAUAACUGGAGAUCAUUCCUAAAAGAUAGGCCACUGGAGUUCUGGGAUCCAUCAAUCACUCAGCAAAAUAAUUCCCAAAUUACUGGGUUUUUUGCCUUCUUUUUAAUCUGCCAAGAUCCAAGAUCUAAGGAAGAAGCUAAGAAGAUUCAAAAAUGUUACCAUGCACUAGUGAACUGGUAUGCUUGAUUAGUCGAAGAACAGGGAGGAGAUGCUUCUGAAAUAUUUGAAAUUGCACAUAAAGAGUUUGAGUCAAGUAAGAGAAGCCAGAGAUACAGAAUGUCUUGAUGGGACUACCAGCAGAAGAUAAAGGAGAUUCGAGAAGACUUACUCAAGAAUACUAGCGACUUCGAACUCUUUUACAUAAUCUGGAAUAUAUCAGUGUAUCUUCUUGGGCUUGUAGAUGACAAAAAUGCUGUGCUUUCUCAAGUGAGCCAAUCCUCUCUGGAUUACUACUUCUCAAAAUUUCUUAGUAGCUUUUAUCCACUAGAUAAGGCCAAAAUUUUAUUCUUGAUGCUUCAAAAGAAGAUGUACAGAACAUUCUUUCAUGAAAAUGAAGAGUUGUUCUCCUCAGAUUGAUACCAAAGCUUCCUGGUUCCUGAAAGCAAGUGAACAGUUGAUUACAUAAAAUUCGUUAACCAUAUGGAAAAAUACCCCGAUCUUCUGGCUCAAUACAGUGCUGAUAUGGCUAAAGAGUGAGAAGUAAAAGGAACAAUUCUUGACAAAAGUUUCUUCAAGCGCAUCUUGAAGGAUUCCAAGAGAAUCAUUAAGGAAAAUGAGAAGGUUAAAGCUCUCUUUGAAUGCCUCACCCCAGAGAAAGUCCACCAUAAGCAUGCACUAAUUACUAUCUCAGGAUUUCUUAGUGAAAUCGAUGACUUCCACGAAUCAUGGGAAGGAAUAAUAGAAGGGUAUCAUAAAUAAAUCAGGAGUCCCUAUCUAUUCCUUUCAAUGGAAGUCCUCAAGCUACAUGGACUUCCCAAAAAGCGUUGUAAAAUCAGGAGUCCAGAAUAUCCCGAAUAUGAUAUUUUCUGGUGUGAAGAAAAGUGUCAGUAUAAUGUACCAAGCAAGUGACAUCAUCACUAAAGCUAGAGGAGUCUUUACCGAAAGUGUUGAGAUGGCCAAGAUUUCAGGAAGAAUCCUGGCUCAUUCACUGAUGGCACAGUUUCCUUUCAAAGACUGUUCGAUCUCACUGAUCGGAUUCUCUCUAGGAACCCAAGUGAUAUACAGCUGCCUCGAAGAACUUGAGAUGUAUAGUUGUGAUUACAUCAUUAAUAACGUGUAUCUUCUUGGAGGAGCAGUCUCAGUAGAAAGUCCAAAGGAAUGGGAGCAAGCUUUAUCAGUAGUUAAUGGUAUCACCCAGAACUGAUACUGAACCAAUGAUUAUAUCUUACAGUUGUAUAGAGCAACAAUGUUUAAGUAUCCCAUUGGACUAGGCCCAAUUUUGGAAUCGGAAGUUGAGGAAAUAAGUCCAGAAAAUUCUGAGCAAGCUCAAGAUAUAUUGAAUGAGGAAACCAGAAGCAUGAGAUUAGAGAAUCAUGAUGUGACUGAUGAGGCAGUAGGGCAUCUCUUAUAUAGGCAGAAUAUUGACAAAAUCCUUGAAAAAAUAAAUUUCAUUGGUUAG